CGGUGCGCUCCUGAGCUACAGCGGCGCGUCUCUCGAGGCUUUACCGGGGACUCAGCACCGAACAGGCGGACACGAGACGCAGCCAUGGCCGCUCCGCUCAAAGUCUGCAUCGUGGGCUCCGGGAACUGGGGCUCGGCCAUCGCGAGGAUCAUCGGGGAUAAUGUCCGGUCUCUGCACAGAUUCGCCUCCACGGUGAAAAUGUGGGUCUUUGAGGAAACCGUCAAUGGCCAGAAACUCAGUGACAUCAUCAACACGCAGCAUGAGAACGUCAAGUACCUGCCUGGAUACAAGCUGCCAGAGAAUGUGAUGGCAGUGCCACAGCUGAGCGAGGCUGCAGAGGGGGCAGACCUGUUGGUAUUCGUGGUUCCUCAUCAGUUCAUUCAUAAGAUCUGUGAGGAAAUGGUCGGCCGUGUGUCCAGCAAAGCCCGAGGAAUCUCACUCAUCAAGGGCGUAGACGUUGGAGCAGAUGGACUGAGGCUGAUUUCUGACAUCAUCCGAGAGAAGAUGGAGAUGGACGUGAGCGUCCUGAUGGGAGCAAACAUCGCCAACGAGGUGGCAGCUCAAAAGUUCUGUGAAACAACGAUCGGCAGUCGUGACCUGGAGAACGGGUUGCUGUUCAAGGAGCUGCUGCAGACGCCAAACUUCAGGAUCACUGUGGUGGAGGAUGCCGACACGGUGGAGCUGUGUGGAGCGCUUAAGAACAUCGUGGCGGUGGGGGCGGGCUUCUGUGACGGCCUAAGCUGUGGAGAUAACACUAAAGCUGCAGUGAUCCGACUUGGCCUCAUGGAGAUGAUCGCCUUCACCAAACUCUUCUGUAGAGACAAACAGACCGUUUCCACAGCAACGUUUCUGGAGAGCUGUGGAGUGGCUGACCUCAUCACCACCUGCUAUGGAGGCCGCAACCGCCGCGUGGCCGAGGCCUUCGCACUGACAGGAAAGAGCAUUGAGGAGCUGGAGAGGGAGAUGCUGAAUGGACAGAAGCUUCAGGGACCGACCACUUCAGCCGAGGUCCAUCACAUCCUCAGACAGAAGAACCUCACAGACAAGUUCCCACUGUUCACCGCGGUGUACCAGAUCUGCUUUGAGGGGAAGCCAGUGGAAGACAUGAUCUCCUGUUUGCAAAGCCAUCCAGAGCACAUGUGACAGAACGAGAGAAGGAACGAGAGAAGGAACAAGUGACUGAACAAAAAGGAACGAGUGAAGUGAUGAGUGACGGAACAAGGGACUCAACCAGGGACUAAAGCAGGACUCCACCAGGGACUCCACCAGGGACUCCACCAGGGACUCCACCAGGGACUCUACCAGGGACCAAACUAGGACUCAACCAGUGACUCAACCAGGGACUCCACCAGGGACUCCGAGACCAGAGACUCCACCAGGGACUCUACCAGGGACCAAACUAGGACUCAACCAGUGACUCAACCAGGGACUCCACCAGGGACUCCGAGACCAGAGACUCCACCAGAGACUCUACCAGGGACUCCACCAGGGACUCUACCAGGGACUCUACCAGGGACUCUACCAGGGACUCUACCAGGGACUCUACCAGGGACUCUACCAGGGAAUCGACCAGGGAAUCGACCAGGGACUCGACCAGGGACUCGACCAGGGACUCGACCAGUUUUAAAUCUGGUCUAAACCAGGUAACCAUUCGUAGUGCGAGUGUGUCACCUCUCCACAGAUCUGACCUGUAAGAUGGCCUGGUGGUGUCAGCUGCUCCUCUCCAUGUAGAUGGAUGCGUUUAAAACCGUACUGUAGAAGUUUAAAAAGCUUGAAUAAUUAGUUGCACUACGCAAGUUUUCUGGUAGAGGGUCCUCCACUUAGUUGUCUCCAUGGAUACAUCAUUACCUUGGCUGGAAUGUUCCACUGUAUGGCAUUAAGAUCUCUGAAGAACAAUAUACACUGAGAAUGCAUGUUUUUCAAGGUACUUACAAGGUACUUAGCCAUAUUUACACCUCUAAUAGAAUAAAUGCAAGAACGGUUUAAUGCCACAUUGUGGAACUUUUUAGGUCAAGUAAUUACAAGCAGACCCUCCACCAGAGAAGUUCCAUAGUAAAGCUUUAACUUUAAAGGUGUUUUUAAGCAGUCAGGCUGGAUACUUGCAUUUGAUCAUAGCAUUGUGACUGUUUGGUGCUAUCUUAUCUUAUCUGCAGUUAAUGUAAAGUGUUUGUGAUGUGAAUGUGUUAGUGGACCUGUUAUUCUCAGAGGAGUUUAAGUCAGAUGCCCUACUGCUAUGACUGCAUAAGUGUUUUGGUCCAUUGUGUGAACUUUUAAUGUCACAAAUGUAUUUUUUUUUCUCUUGUACCUUACCACAACAUGUCUGAGCUUAUGUGGCCUGUUUAAUGUUACAGGCAAAAAGGCAGUAUUUACAUCAGUCUUAAAUUAUGAAUGUGAAUUGUGUUUUGAGUUUUUAAAAUAUUUGUAAAUAUUUUUGAUAUAUAUAUUUUUUUCGUUUCAUCCAAUUGAUCCGGCUGAGAUUUGAUACUCACCUUUUAGGCCAGGGGUGUCAAACACAUUUAUACCAAGGGCCACAUCAGUAAAAUGACUGCCUUCAAAGGCCCAUAUGUAAAAUAAAUCGAAUUACUUUUGUUUCUAACUGCUUUUCUGUACUUAUUACUUAUUCAUGUUAUAAAUAUUGCAUAUGCAUUUGCAUAGAUUUAAAAAUAUGGCUGUGUAACUGCAUAUCUCCUGAUAAAAUUACAUUUUAAGACCAUCAUACCUUUUAAAUCACCCUUUCCAGGGCCACAUAAAGUGAUGUAGAGGGCCCCAUUUGGCCCACGGGCCUUGAGUUUGACACAUGUGUUUUAAACUGUGAGCAGUUUUCCUACUCCAGAUAUGUCAUAAAACACAGUCCAAAGUGGAUCCAUAUCUGUCAAUACGACUCGAACCGAUUUAUUUAAAUGUGAGUUGUUUUAACCCCUACAAAGGAACUUUGCUUUUGUUUAAAAUAAAUGUGUGUGUGUUUUUU